AUGUCGUGGGAGAUAGGAAGUUUAAAUGCGGGAGGAGAGCUGGUCGAAAUAGGCCUGACCACGGCGCAGCCUUGUGAAGAGAGGCAGGGAAUUGAAGGAUAUUGCCUAAGGGAAAACCUGGACUGGAGCGGAGAAGAGUAUUUCGGUUUGAAUGCUUGGAUCGGCGAGCUGACCUCUCAUGCAACGACAAGCUGGGGAAGAUUCAGCAGGGAAGCAGGUCAAAAGGGUUGUGGAUUACGAAGAAGCCGAAGGGCAUAUGAUGGCCAGGUUACGUGGAGAGAUUUAUUGACGUGCGUCAUGAAUGAAUUAAUGGAUCUAACUCCAAGGGAUCAUCCCACGGACCAAAAUCCCCGAGGGGUCUUUUGGACCAAAAAGCACUGGAGUGGAUUAAUGGCAAAAAAUAUAGAUCACAAGUGGACAGAUAAUACAAAUCCACAGACAGCAUUAUUGAUGUUAGUUUGUAUCAUUUUAGGUUUCCAACAACAAAUGACAAAAGCUAGAAAUCCAAACAGGCAGCAGUACAACGAACUAUGCCAGGAAGUGAAUGAUCUCUUAAUGAUUGAGGAGGAUGUAUGGUCUAGCUUAUACAAGGAUGCCAGGUGGUCAUGGGACUACAACUCAAAGCAAUGUAGGAAGGGAACAGAGUCCACACAUUGUCAGUACGCGGCCAUGUCGUUAUUACUGAGUGUGUAUAUGAGUAUGAGAAAAUGUUGUAGCACGUGUCAAUCCUAUGAUAUAAGUGGUUGGUUAAUAGGGGACAAAGGAACAAUUAAAAGGGCGAAACAAUUGAGGUAUAAUGAAGGAGGACAAAACUGGAUCGAGGACGCAGCAGGAAACGGGAGGCUGAGCAUUACAGGAGAUGAGUUAGGGAGCUAUAUCUCAAAGAAGAAGAAAGAGGCAUCUGUAUCAGGAAGAGUCCAAGGACCCAAGCCAACAACUCAUCCCCAAACCCAGCCCCAGAGGAGGGUCCAGAAGCCAUCCAUACGAACAGCACCAACAGCGGGUCUAGCACAAUCGAAGCCGGCAGCAGAACACGGAAAGGGACCAACCGAAACAGGAGUCAGCAGUGAUAAAAAUUCACCAAAACUUCCUCUAAUCAAACAACCCCAAUCAACCGAUGACGAAGUGCUGGAAACUCUACGUCCAGAGGCGGCCUCCACCAUCGCCAGAAGCCACGAGUCUGCAGAUAUCUCCAGAACUGAAUCAGAGCCAAAGAGUCAGUUACAGCUGGAGGAGAAGGACGAGACGAGCCUGAAUCAGGAACAGGAGGGCAGGAAUCAGGUCUCGGCCAAUGUAGCUGAGGAGAACAGCCCACCAUUCCAAAGUCACACCGAGGCAGACGAUCUCCAGGGGCCUAUCACCCAGUCUCCGAUUGCCCCUAAGAUCACGGGGGGAGCCGUGGGGCUGUUGGGAUUGGGCGUCGGUGGCUAUGCUUAUUGGAGGAUCUUUAGGAAGAGUGCAGGAGGGUUAGUUUCUGUAGGGCGUUCAAUUUGGAGGGUGGGUUAUGGUAGAGCUUGA